AUGAUAAUCGCCACGUGUCCACGCUCAGAUAAAAGUAUAGGUAUUUGAGAAAAAGAUUUUUUUUAUUUUUUUUGUUUUAUGUGUUUUGUGCGCAUAGUUCAGAAAAGACAAUCAGUUAAGUGACCACACAACAGUUCAAGAACAAAGCUAGUAGUUCAAUCACCACAACAGUAGUUCACCGAGAAUAGACUGCAUGCAGCUGCGGGAAAAUAGCCACGUACAAAUACGUUAGAUUUUUUUUAAUAUAAAUGUGUAGAAUAGACUAAGUGGUAAACACUCAUUCAGCGAUGACACAAAAACCAAACUGAGAAAUAGCUAUGGCACAAUGUUAUAUAGUUCUAGUGAGCUCACUAAAGAACAUAGACUGAUGGCAAUUUAAAAGUUAAAUAGUCAGCUCAGAUGGUCUGUCAUUCGCAUCAGGGGCACAGUGAACAGACCUGGAAAGAGAGUUAGCGCUGAAAAGGAAAGUUAACACGGCCAAAAAAAAACGAAACCUUGGAAGGUCUGGACUUGUGCGGUAAAGAUUACCUAUUUAUUAAACAUGGAUUGAUGUUAGGCACUUAGAGCUAGCUGUGGUACCACAGCUUGAAUCUUGUGGAAAAAGAGUCAAAAAACAAGGUUUCCUCGACCGUUAACCGUUAUUUUUUCUACUUUCGCAGCGCGAGCUUUGUCGGGUUAUUUAGUAUAUCGAUUUGUUUUGGGCCGUGUUACCUUUCCAGGUCUGUUUUUAGGGAAGCAAGGGAUGGCGCAUUGGUGAGAGCGUUCGCCUGCCACCAAUGUGGCCCGGGUUCAAAUCCCGGCGGUGACGCCGUAUGUGGGUUGAGUUUGUUGUUGGUUCUCCUGUUUUCCCCUCUCCUCAAAAACCAACAUUUCCAAAUUCAUAUUCGACCAGUAUUCAGGUAGACGAGGAACCACUCUAUGGAUCUGCUACCUCCAAAUAAUAAUUUAUUUAUUUAUUUAUUUUCACUGUGCCCCUGAUGAGAAUGACAGACCUUCUGAACAGACUAUUUAAAUUUUAAAUUGCCCUCAGUCUAAAUUCCUGUUUACUUUAGGGAGCUCACUAGAACUAAAUAACAUUGUGCCAUAGCUAUUUUUCAGUUUGGUUUUUGUGUCAUCGCUGAAUGAGUAUUUAGCACGUAGUUAAUGCUACACAUUUAUACUAAAAUGCUAACGUAUUUGUGGCUAUUUUCCCCGCAGCUUCAUGUAGUCUAUUCUCGGUGAACUACUUUUGUGGUCAUUGAAUUACUUGUGUGGUCAUUGAACUACUAGCGUGGUUAUUGAACUGUUGUGUGGUCACUGAACUGAUUGUGUUUUCUGAAAAUAAUGAAAGCUGAAUUAAAUUUGUGAGCCUGUUUCCCAAUCACAUUAUUUUUUUAAAAAAGAGAAAAUGAAAUAUGAACGUGGACGGAUAGUUUUCCCAUAUUUAAUAAUUAAUUUACUAUAUUUUCUUACAGGGAUUUGUCGGACAACAUGGUCAAACAGCUCGUACCAGGAGUAUUUGCAGAUCUCUCUUCGUUGCAGUUCUUGUAGGUAUCACAGUCUGCGUACCUGUGUCUCUACGCACAUCCACUUUUAUUUAAGUAGAACAACGUCAAAUGCCACAGUUAACGAGACAAUGAAAGUGGUGAAACUAAAUAAAUACGAAUAUAUUCACUCAAUUCAACUACAUUACGUCAUAAUACCAAAAAUACAAAAAGAUAAUGAUAAUGAUGAUAAUAGCAGUUUACUAUAUGCACACUCUGAGUCAUCUUAAAUUGGUGUUUUAAGCACUCUAAUUGGCUCACUCUCUAGGGAUAUUUACGAAAUAUUGAGUGAGGCUGUGUAUGGAGUAAAGAAUUGCGCUGAUCGAAGAGAUCUGCAUGAUUCUCGUAACUGUUUAUUGGACAUACGUGUAUCAUGUCACCUCAAAUUGUUCAUGCCUACUUUGAAAGCAUUAAAGGACUGUGGAAUCUUACAAAUAUAUAGGGAGGAGAACUGGUCGUAUGAGAAUAAGAACUGUUAAUUUAUUUGAUAGAACUAGCACUGAAUCAGGUUUUUCUCAGUUCAUUGCACCCUAAGGGUGUCAACUGAGUUUAUAACUUGGUUGUUGUUCCGAAACAGCCCCUACAAAUGCCAGCUAGUCUGUGCAAUGGGAGAGAUCAGCUUAGACUAUGCUGUACGAACGUAAAAUCUCUCAGGAACAAGUCGCCUGAUUUUCUGUGUUAUGCAUGUACUAUGAAAACGGAUAUUUUCGCAGUGACUGAGAAUUGGUUUUCUCAGCAUGAUAUUGGUUAUCGGAUCAAAGAAUCACCUCCUCGGUUUAAAAUGAUGAACCACUCUCGCGUGGGCCGCACUAGUGGUGGAACAGCACUAUUAAUAAAUUACUCUCUCUUGACUUCAAAAAGUAGAUGCUGGCGAGAAAGUGUUGGGAAUGGAUUGUGGACUGUGGAUCUUGUUAACUUGUGAUCUUGAUUAUUUAUAGGAUACCGUAUUCUUCUAAAGAUCCGGUUACAACAGCCACAUUUUCUGAAGAAUUCACUUCCUACUUGGAAUCAUUCAUAAUGUCACUUGAAUCAUUGUUAAUUACUGGUGAUUAUGAAAUUCGUAUUGUUGUUCCUAGUGAUAUUAAACAUACACGCCUGAUGGGUUAGUUGGAGUCCAUUGGUUUGCAACCCGCAACAUGUUGAUAAACUGGCCCAGGUGUCCUGCCAUAUCCUGGAUCUAGUGAUUACAAGAGAUGUAAAUGAGCUGAUAUCAACCACUCCUACUGUAGAUUAUCACUUCUAUGGUCACUUCACUCUGAUCUGUGAUUUGAGAAACCAUCGUUUAUUGUCAAGGAGAUAGCCCUUUGGAAAAUCAGGAGUACUGACGCUGAGUCAUUCUCGCAUAAUGUGUUCGGCCCUUAGUCGAGACAGUACUGAUUAUCUUAAAGAUUUGGGUACUUUGUACAACAGAACAUUACCCAAGAUACUAGAUCAUCAUGCACCACUGGUAACAAAGACGUUCAUAGAAAGACUUGUACCAUGGUAUAAUGAUGGAAGUCAGGUCAGGGGUAAUCCUGCUACUAGUAACAUUGUAACCCAUAUCCGCCUGCCUCAUAGACGGGUAGUCGGCAUCUAAAGUGGCUCUCCCACCAGCGUUCGCUGGUGAAACGAAUGUAGCAUGCCACUCGCCAGGACUUAAAAUAAGACCUGUUAAGUGACAGAUGAGCUCGUUCAUGUACCAACGGCCAACAUGCAAGGGACAUGACACCAUACAGCAACAAAGGCUUAAAUUGUACCCAACCCUCCAAAAACAUACUCACCAUCAAAGUAUCGUCAUAGACAGGGGACAAAGUGGAAACAGUCGGCAGCUACUCAUUCCGAAUAAUAUUAACUCAGUCAAGGGAAGUUGUAAUCAUCAUUAUUCUUACUACAUAAAGCAGCGACGGAAAACGAAGAGGUCUGCUGCCGCUGAUAUUCACCAAAUCUCCCUUAGCAAGCAAAUUAUCAUAUCAACCUAUAAUGUCAGGUCCUUAUACCAGCUGGGCAAGUUAAAUCAGUUGUGCUGCGGUAGAGGCAGGCGGUAGAAGCAGUUCUUGUAGUCAUUGGUGUAGAAAAGAAUAGCCUUAUCUCAUUCAAUCCGAUAACAGAACUGUGGUCUGAUGACAAGAACUGGCUGUUCAUCCAAAUUCCGUUUCCAAAUGCCGAAAGGGUUGCGUGGGACUCCUUGUUAAAAGACAAUUGGUCAAAAGGAUCUCCGGUUCAAAACAACUCUCGGACCGCAUCAUCUCUGCAUUUUUCAACGGCAACCCGAGACUCGUGGUUAAAAUAGUCUAAGCUCCAAAAGAGUCGGCUAACACCGACGAUGAGUAUGAAUUCUACAACCCUCUCAACACCCAUACAUCCGCCAACGUCAACUGUCACGAUAUUAGCGGAGCUCCUUGCGCGCGCGAAGCGGGCGCGAGCGGAGCACCAUAACUAAGAUAAUUUGGUAAACUAUCCAUCCGAGAAAUUUUGUUAAUGACGUCAGCGUACGUCCGUCCGUACGGACUUUCCGGGUAGUGGAAAGUAGUCCGCAUGGACUGUUGGGGUGGGGGAAAGUAGAGACUUUUUGGCGGGAAAUCGCAUGGCGCAACGUCGCGCAAUUAUAUCGCGCAACUGGUUUUGAAAUGAAAUUUCAAAGCAACUUAGCAAAAAGAUUUUUUGACAGAGCCUAACUUUAACUUUUUAUUACAACUUACGAAAGCUAUUAUGUCAACAAAUAACAGCAGAGAGAUUUUAGCGUGUAGAUGACAGGUUUUAAGCAGAUAGCAAGAGUCAACACGCGUAGAGCAAGCGAAGACGAUCGCCAAAGAGAGCGCGUUAGAAGUAGAAGAAGACAAAAUUUGAGCGAAGAAAGUCGGCAAGUAGAAAGAGUCAGGGCGAGAGGAAGGAGAGAAAAUUGUAGAGAAGAACGCCGGCAAGCAGAACGAGACAGAGCUAGAAUGAAUAGACAAAGGCAACGCGAAAGAGAAAUACAAAGGCAAAGAGAACGGCAGCAAAAUAAUGAUAUGAUGACAGAAGGUGUUGUGUUAAUGUCACUAUGGCCCCGCGCUAUUAACCUUUUGAUUUCAAACUGAUCUCGGACGCGAAAAUUCAGCCAGUCAUUUAAAAAUACAAGCAGGGAAGACAGAGGCUUUUCACUUUUCUCACCAUAGUCACGCGUUGGUCACGCUCUACGUCCAAUUUUUAUGCUGUGAUUGGUCAAAAUUGGACAGGUGAGUUCAUGCAGAAAAUUUAUACAGCAUCUUGAAACUUGUUUACUUUGACAGCUGAAGCUUACUGAGUUUUUUGUCAGCUUGUGAUGUUUGUCACUGUCUUUUUUCCACUGGAUGCAUAAAAUGAAAUACAGCUGCUAUCAACAGUCAGUCAUGUUAUUCAUGGCUGGUUUGUUUACUGAAUUUUUGGUUGAGAAAUGCGCCGCUUGUCAAAGUCGGAAAUCCGAUUUCGAAUGACAUUCGUUUUUUCACCUUGCUGGAUGCGGGUUGAACAGUCCCUCGAGCGAUUCUGGCCUUACUAGAUAGCUUUCAGGAGCUGCAUCUCGAAUGGUAAGCGUGAGUAAUUAUUGUAUAUGUGUUUGUUUGUGUUUUUUUAUAUCUAAUUUCAUGAAGUCGAGCGCAGUUUAUGAGGCUAGUUUAUGCACGUUUGUAUUAAGAUCUGAGGACAAUGAUCUGACCUAGGUAUGAGGUUUGAUAUGAGCUUACAGAACUUUAAAAAGCCCUUGGUCGAUAUUUUAUCUCCGCAAAUAGAAAGAAAAAACGUUCCGAAGAGUAUUUAGUUAUAAUUUUGGCUGUAGAAAGAAAUUAAGCUUUGAGUGAUUUUCUCACCUCGAGUUCAUCUUUGAAAACAGUAAACACCGGGAAGCCGGCUAAAAGCUUUAAGCUAAGCUUGAAGACUCAGGAUUUUUAGAGACGCUUUAAUACUUGUCUUCGUGAAUGAAAAUUGUUGUCUCUGUAAAUGUUUGUCCGAAUUAUAUUUCUUUUAUUGAUUGUUAGUAGUCUCUAGCAAUUUUAAUCGCUUAGCUUUGCCGUUUGUUUUCAGUCGUUCAUAAACAUCGCUUGCAGGAGUACUCAAAAGGCCGCGCGUAUCAAACGCUUUUUAAGAUUACACAUCGUUAUAAACCAUUAAAUAAAAAAUAAACACAACAAAUUAUGUAUUAUGUUGAAGCGUAACUCUUUUAAUGUUCACUGAAAAUUUGGCGCUUGUCAAAAGUGAGAACCGGCUGGCCGUGUAGGUGAUUUUGGAAAUUUUUUGAACGGUUUUGCUAAAGCCUGGUUUCCAUAUGAUCGCCCGGAUCGUCCCGGAUCGUCUCAGUCGUCUGAGAGUCUUUCCAAAUGAUCGCUUCAAAAUUUACGUGAUCGUCCCGAUCGACCGGAUAGAACUCAACUCUAUCCAAGCGAUCGAGGUCGUCUCACUCGUCCGGUUCGUUUGCGAUCGUCUGGGUAGCGUUUCCAUAUGAUCGUUCCGAUCGUCUGAACAUUUUUGAGACGACUGGGACGAUCGGGACGCCCACGCGUUCUUCGAUGCGAUGGUUCUGAAUAUUGAAUGAGUGCAAUUUUUCUUGAAAACGGUGAAAUGCUGCAUUUUGUCUGAGGUCUGUAUGAUAAAAACAGUGCCUCAUAUGACUGUUUCACCUCAGAUGUGAUGUAUAAAAAGUAUGAAAUGUUGGUUUACACGCACCCAGAUUUGUUGACAAGAUUUUGUUAAAUAAACUUGUCAAAAGCAAAAAAUUAGGCCUGCUUUGUUUUCCCAAGAAUUCGUUUACCAGGUCUAAUCUACUGUGAUCAAGAGCCAUUAUGGCUCUUAAAUGUGAUCGCAGAUGAUUGCUAUUUUUUGGGUGUACAACUCGAUGUAAGAUUUUUUUUCACUCUAAAAUCACUUAGCCUUAGCUUUCCCUAAAAAGUAACAUAUGUGCCCUUAAGUUAACUGUUUUGUGGAAUACAAGUUUAUUGUUUGAUUUAAAUUAUAAAUUUAUUUAUGAGAGCUUCGCUUUUAGCCCUGGCUAAAUCUAUAUAUUAAUCUUGUUUUUGGAGAUAUAAACGCUAGACUAGGCUAAGGCAAUCAAGAAAAAUCUCCGAGAGGUGUGGGUCCUCACAGCAUGCAUUAACGGCGAAAGACUUGUUAAUUUCUGCUUUGCAACUAACCUUCGACUUGAUCAAUCCAAGG